AUGUAUCGUCUUCAGUCAGCAUCCUUCCUGGCCGCAUUGCUGUCAGCCACCCAGGUGGCAGCCCACGGUCAUGUCACCAACGUCGUCGUCAACGGUGUCUACUACCAAGGCUUUGACAUCAACUCUUUCCCGUACAUGUCGGAUGCCCCCGUUGUCGCCGCUUGGACUACUCCUAACACCGGCAAUGGCUUCAUUACCCCCGAGGACUACACCUCGCCCGACAUCAUCUGCCACCAGAACGCGACCAACGCCAAGGGUCACAUCAGUGUGAAGGCAGGUGACCGCGUCAACAUCCAGUGGACCGCAUGGCCCGACUCUCACCACGGACCUGUCAUGGACUACCUUGCCGAUUGUGGUGACAGCUGCGAGACAGUUGACAAGACCACGCUCAAGUUCUUCAAGAUCGACGGCGUUGGUCUGGUCGACGACUCGGAUGUUCCUGGUACCUGGGGUGACGAUCAGUUGAUCAAGAACAACAACAGCUGGAUGGUCGAGAUCCCCGAGUCCAUCGCUCCCGGUAACUACGUUCUUCGUCACGAGUUGAUGGCUCUCCACGGUGCCGAGAUGGAGGACGGUGCCCAGAACUACCCUCAAUGCUUCAACCUCAAGGUCACUGGCUCGGGUACCGCGAAGCCCGACGGUACCCUGGGUACUGCGCUGUACAAGCCCACCGAGGCUGGUGUCAGUGUCAACAUCUACUCAUCGCUCUCGACCUACCAGCUCCCCGGUCCUACCAUCUGGUCGGGCGCCACCUCCAUCUCGCAGACCACCUCCGCCGUCACUUCCACCGGCUCUGCCACCGCUGGCUCUGGCUCUGCCGCUGCCGCUGCUUCUUCUGGCUCUGGUUCCGAGUCCAGCUCCAGCACAGAUUCCACCGCCAAGAACAAUGUUGCCGUGCCCACCACCAUUCCCGUCCGCGUGCCUGUCUCCACUGGCCCUUCGAGCACUGGAGCCGCUGCUCCCUCCGCUCCCUCUACUUUCUUGACCGCGAGCUCGCCUACUCCCUCCGCUCCCCCGUCUGCUGCUUCGUCUGCUUCGUUUACUCCUUCUGCUAGCAACGCUGGUAGUGUACAGUCUGCCUACGGUCAGUGCGGUGGUGUCAAUUGGAAUGGACCCAAGUCCUGUGCCAACGGGGCUACUUGCAGCUCUAUGAACCCUUACUACUCGCAGUGCACACCUGCUGCUUAA